AUGCUAAAGUAGCAAUUGACUUUAGACUCGUUUUUUGUGACAUUCCUAUGGACAUUCUGGGCAAAAUUCACAAAUAUCAAUCUUCCCCUCAUGAAAUUGUAUCCACUCUGCAACUUCUAACUAACCUUCUGA